AUGAUUGUUCGGACCUGUCUGCGCUGCACGGGCAGGGCUCGCCCAAGGCCAUUUUCUCAGCCAUCCUUGCCCAAAGGAGCUCCUCGAUUCCAAUGCCGGCGCUUUAGCAGCACCGGUGCUGCCCAUGCUGCUUCGACGUCAGCUACCAGCGGCAGCAGUGCCUUUGGCGUGUUGGCACCUUUUGUCAGUGAAUUGGAUCGCGUCGCCCCAAGUUUUGAUCUCCGCGGUGAUCAAAUCGAGGUCAUCCAGACUCCUACCGAGUUUUAUGAGACGCUCAAGGACCGUAUCCGCAAUGCCAAGCGACGCAUCUUUCUGUCAACGCUGUACAUUGGCAAAUCGGAGCGAGAGCUUCUUGAGACACUCCGUGAUGCGAUGAAGCAGAACCCUGAGCUCAAGCUGAGCAUUCUCACUGAUGCGCUGAGGGGUACCCGAGAGGCUCCUGCGCCGACCUGUGCUUCACUGCUUGUGCCCUUGGUUGCCGAGUUUGGCGCCAACAGGGUUGAGGUGCGCAUGUAUCAUACACCAAACCUGACGGGGUUGAGAAAGAAGUCGAUUCCCAAGAGAAUCAAUGAGGGCUGGGGUCUUCAGCAUAUGAAACUCUAUGGUAUUGAUGACGAGAUCAUCAUGUCUGGAGCGAAUCUCUCAUCAGACUACUUUACCAAUCGUCAGGAUAGAUACCACCUCUUCUCAUCCACAGACGUCACGAAUCAUUUCUGGAACAUACACGAGGCUGUCGGAUCAUUCAGUUUCCUGGCCCAGCCUUCUGAUGACCCGUCCGGCUUCGCUUUGUCCUGGCCGCAGACCAACUCGGCGCCCUCACCGCUGGAGCAGCCAAAGGCAUUCGUCAAAAGCACUACAUCAACCCUGCUCCCCUUGAUAUCCCAGAGCUCAUCUGUCAAGCCAGCGACUCCGGAAUUUGAUAAUACCCGCGUGUACAUGCUCGCCCAAAUGUCGCAGGUCAUGAAGCCCGACACCUCAACCGAGCUCCCUGCCAUCACCCACAUUCUCAAAACUCUUGCGCUGCCAGAGUACAAAUCUUCAUCCUGGACAUUCACCGCGGGCUACUUCAAUCCUGCCCCCUCGCUGACGAAACUCCUCCUCACCACCGCUUCCUCCGCCCGCACCAACACCGUCAUCACGGCAGCCCCAGAAGCCAACGGCUUCUACAAGUCGCCUGGCGUCUCAGGUCUUCUACCGGGGGCAUAUACACUCCUAGCCCGUCGCUUCCUCAGCGCCAUUCACACAUAUGGCCGCGAUGGCCAAAUCACUCUCCAGGAAUGGCGGCGCGGCACCGUGGGACAGCCCGAGGGUUGGAGCUACCACGCCAAGGGCCUCUGGGUCACGCUCCCCGGCGAUGAGCAUCCAUCCAUGUCCAUCAUCGGCAGCUCCAACUACACGAAGCGCAGCUAUUCUCUCGAUCUCGAGGUGGGUGCCCUCAUCGUCACCCGCGAUCAGGCCCUAAAAGAGAAGCUCGGCAAAGAGCAGACUUGGCUCCAGCAGCACGCCAAACCUGUCACGCAGGACGACUUCACGAAGAAUGAGAGGAGGGUUGGUCUGCACGUCAGGGUCGCCAUGUGGAUCGUGCAAGCUGUGGGAGGUGCCCUAUGA